AUGUUAAUUUAUCCGAUGGAUAGGUAACUUGACAUGUUAUAUACUACCUAAGUAUGUGGUUGCAUUCCUAGGACGAUGUCUGAUCCCUAGUCCUGUUUUCUAGGUGCCUAAACCAACUAAGUAAAUCUCUAGCCCAAAUAGACUCAUAUCUAGUAGUAGAAGAGGGAAACUCAGCCUACCUCCUAUGUGCCUAGUCUAAUCAACUUAAGAACCGACUUCCAUCCUUAGAACAUCAACAUCCUCUUCAUCAACAAUUCCAAAAUUUCCAACUUCAACAUGGGACCACCACAGCUAGCACCCUUUCCCCGGCCGGUCGGCAUCUUCGGGCCCUUCAUCGCGAAGCAAAGCGAGACGUUGGUGCUGAGAGAAAAGGUCAUGUCGCUGUCCGGGAACAGCUUCGAUAUCACUCUCGCCAAUGGCCAACCUAUUUUCAAAGUAAAGGGCGAGUCCAUGACGCUUUCCAAUCGCAUGAACGUCAUGGAUACAGCCGGCAACCUCCAGUUUUGUAUUCGCAAGAAGCAUAUCGCCAUUCACACCACAUACUAUGCUGAGAACGCCAAAGGCGACGAGAUUUUCGAGGUGCAGAGCAAAUUUAGGCUGGGCGGGUCUAAAUUCAUCGGCUCCUUCACCUCGGCGUCCGGUCAACAAGAGCAGCUGCUCAUGAAGGGCGAUUGGACGGACACCUCAGCUGAGAUUACAGACGAAGCCAGCGGGCAAGUAGUCGCCUCGAUCUAUCGCGACCGUUGGAAUGCGCGCGAGCUCCUAGGCGGACAGCAAACGUACAAUGUCACCAUCGCGGCCAACGUCGAUAUGUCUAUUAUCGUAGCGAUGUGUAUCUGCCUAGACAUGAAGAGGAACGAAUCCAGCAGUUAGCUCUUACGUGGUGCUUCACCGACCCGGACGUUGGGAGUUGGCUUUCUUGUUACGUAUUUUUUGGACGAGGUGUCUUCUCGCCGCGCUGUUUUGGAUACCAAGAGAG